AUGGCGCCCCUCGGUGAGACAAUCGCUGUAAUCGACAAGUCUGGCAAGGUUGUGAGCACGAGCAAACAAUUGUUCGGAGUCUUCAACCAUGCCAAGGCUGCCUAUCGUGAGCGCAAAGCGCAUUUCGACCUGGAACGUAGCGCGAAGCUAGCAGAGCAACAAGCCCUUGCGGGCAUCGCAACAUACCAAAUAGAUGACUCGCCAUCCGUGGCCGGAUCCCAGCGAAGUCGAGCAACCAGGUCCCGACAUCCCUCAGGCCGUAGCCGCCGGCCCUCUUCGCGAUACGAACAAGACUUGCUUUCCUCUGCCCGCGGAUACCAAGACUUUCAGGAUGUACCACUAAAUGCCCCCACACGUCGGCAUACCCAUCACGAUCUAACCACCCGCGAGCCCGAGCGCCCUCUCACCAGCCGAUCUAAAUCCGAUGCCAAUAUCGACAUGGACCUGGCCUAUGGAGAUGCACACCCUAAGGCCCUCGCCAAGUACAGCCCUCAACCCGAUAAUGGGGAUAAUCAGAAACAAUUGGAUGGGUUGGUGGACCGGGCCAAAUGGCUCUUGGAAGAGGCGCACUGUGUCCAGCAUAGUGCUACACAAACAAUGAGCCAUCUUCAAAAGAACCCCGAUGCCAUGGCAGCUGUUGCCUUGACACUGGCAGAGAUCAGCAAGGUUGCCAGUAAUCUGGCGCCGUCUGCCUUGGCUGCAUUCAAGACCGCGGCGCCAACAAUUUUUGCGCUCCUUUCCAGCCCUCAGUUCCUGAUUGCCGCUGGUGUCGGCCUCAGCGCAACAGUGGUUAUGUUCGGCGGUUAUAAGAUCAUCAAACAAAUGACGGGUGAGAAACAGGAACCUGUGAUCGAGCGAGUCCCGAGUGACAUGGGCAUGGAUGACCUCAUGGAGCUCAAUGUCGAGGAACUCAGCCAUGUGGAGAUGUGGCGACGUGGUGUGGCAGACGUGGAAGCCGUCAGCUACGGAACCUCUGUGGACGGCGAGUUCAUCACACCCACUGCCGCGGCUAUGUCGGGUAUCGAUGUGACCACCGCCCGCCUGGAAAAGGACCCCCGGUUCAAGUUCAGUGACGAUGCCUCGAUGGCAUCUUCGCGCCGCUCUCGUCGGUCUCGUUCCACUCGCGCGCAUACCCAGGCCCCUCCCGCAAGUACGUGGUCCAAAAAAGAACCAAAGUCUACCGCGAGGAGAGAGUCUUCUAGGCCUCCCACCAAAGCCCCUACGAAGGCUCCCAGCCAAGCGCCUAGUAGGGCGCCAAGCCGAAGUCAUGCCCCAAGCAGACCCCCUUCCAAGACAUCUUCCAAGGCUGGCUCUGUGAUAUACGAGGAGAGGCGUCCCAAGGAAAAAAGGAAAGGCCCAAGUCGAUUGCGCCUUCUAUUCACUGCUUGA